GCGGGGCCUCGGGAGGGGCCGGAGCGCGGCGGCUGGUGCGGUGGCAGGCGGAGAGGAGGAAGCGGCGCGUCCCCCGAGGCGUGCGCCGGCCGACCCACCGACAGACAGACGGACGCGUGGAGGGAGAGGCCGGAGGGCCAGAGAUCUGGUCUUGGGGGACCGCUUCGGGGCUUCCGGAUGCCCUCCUGCUUCKUGUGCCCUGGGCAGGUGUGGGGCAGGUGACAGCUCCGUAACCACCAUGGAUGGAGAGGGACUUUUUGAUGAGGAAAUCCAAAUUGUCGAUACAAGCCAGGCCGAUAUGGCUGUCCAAGGUCUCCCUUUUGGGGAAUCCGAAUGAGGGAGAUCACAGACACCUUCACUGCGAAGCCAAGGACAUUCCUGUAUAAUCAGUGGAUGAAAGGAUUUUCUCAGACUCUCCUUCUCGCUUUUUAUUGAGGAUUAAUCCACCACCAUCUACGGUUCYAGUGGAAAUGACAAGGCACACCAUGUGGCAGAAGCCUAGAGCGCCCUCCGAAUUGCUCUGGACCCUUCCUUUAGCCUAAGGGACUUUUCACACUUGCCACUCCCCCCACCCCCCACCCCCCAGAGCCCUUCUUCUGAUUGCCAUCCUCAACCCGUGGUCAUUCUCCCGAGUUAAGUUCUAUUUCCAAAACUGUUCUCUGGAGCUAUAAGUGGAUUGCCAGAAAUGAGAGAUUAGGUGUUGGGAGAAGAGGAAGCCUUCGCCCUGUGUUGUGUCCUCUCAACUGCUGCUGCGGCUGCCGACAUGAAGUGCUUUCUCCCGGUGCUGAGCUGUCUGGCUGUGCUGGGUGUGGUGUCAGCACAGCGGCAGGUCACAGUCCAGGAAGGACCCUUGUACCGAACAGAGGGCUCCCACAUCACCAUCUGGUGCAACGUGAGUGGCUACCAGGGACCCUCCGAGCAGAACUUCCAGUGGUCCAUUUACCUGCCGUCCGCCCCAGAGCGGGAGGUGCAGAUCGUCAGCACCGUGGACUCUUCUUUCCCCUACGCCAUCUAUACCCAGCGUGUCCGAGGUGGAAAGAUCUACGUGGAGAGAGUCCAGGGGCACUCGGCUUUAUUGCACAUCACAGAUCUCCAGGCCCGGGACGCUGGGGAGUAUGAAUGCCACACGCCCAACACYGACGAGCGCUACUUUGGGAGUUACAGUGCCAAGAUGAACCUAGUGGUGAUCCCAGACUCCCUGCAGACCACUGCCGUGCCCCAGACCCUGCACAAAGUGGAGCAGGAUCCGCUGGAGCUCAGCUGCGAGGUGGCCACAGAGACGGUGCAACACAGCCACCUGUCUGUGACCUGGCUCCGGCAGAAGGGUGGCGAGAAGCCGGUGGAGGUCAUUUCCCUGAGCCGGGACUUCAUACUGCACUCCAGCAGCGAAUACGCCCAGAGGCAGAGCCUGGGGGAGGUGCGGCUGGACAAGCUGGGGAGGACCACCUUCCGCCUCACCAUCUUCCACCUGCAGCCUUCUGACCAGGGCGAGUUCUACUGCGAGGCCGCCGAGUGGAUCCAGGAUCCCGAUGGGUCAUGGURUGCCAUGACCCGGAAGCGCUCCGAGGGAGCCGUGGUCAACGUCCAGCCCACUGACAAAGAGUUCACCGUUCGGCUGGAAACGGACAAGCGGCUGCACACGGUGGGUGAGCCCGUGGAGUUCCGGUGCAUCCUGGAGGCCCAGAACAUUCCCGACCGUUACUUUGCUGUCUCCUGGGCCUUCAACAGCUCCCUCAUCGCCAGCAUGGGGCCCAACGCCGUGCCCAUCCUCAACAGUGAAUUUGCCCACCGGGAAGCCAGGGGACAGCUUAAAGUGGCCAAAGAGAGUGACAGUGUCUUUGUGCUGAAGAUCUACCACCUCCGCCAGGAAGACAGCGGGAAAUACAACUGUCGUGUGACCGAGCGGGAGAAGACGGUCACUGGGGAAUUCAUUGACAAGGAGAGCAAGCGUCCCAAGAACAUUCCCAUCAUAGUCCUCCCCCUCAAGAGCAGCAUCUCCGUGGAGGUGGCCAGCAACGCCAGCAUCGUCCUUGAGGGCGAGGACCUGCACUUCUCCUGCAGUGUCCGCACAGCCGGCAAGCUGCAGGGCCGCUUCUCUGUCAUCUGGCAGCUCGUGGACAGGCAGAACCGCCGCAGCAACAUCAUGUGGCUGGACCGYGAUGGCACCGUGCAGCCAGGCUCGUCCUACUGGGAGCGCAGCAGCUUUGGGGGCAUCCAGAUGGAGCAGGUGCAGCCCAACUCCUUCAGCCUGGGCAUCUUCAACAGCAGGAAGGAGGACGAGGGCCAGUAUGAGUGCCACGUGACCGAAUGGGUGCGGGCGGUGGACGGCGAGUGGCAGAUCGUGGGGGAGCGCCGAGCCAGCACUCUGGUCUCCAUCACUGCUCUCGAAACGGGCUUUGCGGUCACAGCCAUCUCCCGGACGCCAGGGGUGACCUACAGCGACUCCUUUGACUUGCAGUGCAUCAUCAAACCCCACUACCCGGCCCGGGUCCCCGUGUCGGUGACGUGGCGGUUCCAGCCCGUGGGCACUGUUGAGUUCCAUGACCUGGUGACCUUCACGCGGGAUGGAGGGGUCCAGUGGGGGGACAGGUCCUCCAGCUUCCGAACCCGGACCGCCAUCGAGAAGGCCGAGUCCAGCAACAACGUCCGCCUGAGCAUCAGCCGGGCCAGUGACACAGAGGCGGGCAAGUACCAGUGCGUGGCUGAACUGUGGAGGAGGAACUACAACAACACGUGGACGCGGCUGGCGGAGAGGACCUCCAACCUGCUGGAGAUCCGCGUGCUGCAGCCAGUGACAAAGCUGCAGGUGAGCAAAUCCAAGAGAACCCUCACCCUGGUGGAGAACAGGCCCAUUCAGCUGAACUGCUCCGUCAAGUCUCAGACCAGCCAGAACUCGCACUUCGCCGUGCUCUGGUACGUCCACAAGCCCUCGGACGCCGACGGCAAGCUCAUCCUCAAGACCACCCACAGCUCCGCCUUCGAGUACGGCACCUAUGCCGAGGAGGAGGGCCUGCGAGCCCGGCUGCAGUUUGAGAGGCACGUGUCUGGGGGCCUGUUCAGCCUCACUGUCCAGAGAGCGGAGGUCAGCGACAGCGGCAGCUACUAUUGCCACGUCGAGGAGUGGCUGCUGAGCCCCAACUACGCCUGGUACAAGCUGGCCGAGGAGGUGUCGGGACGCACAGAAGUCACCGUGAAGCAGCCAGACAGCCGCCUGAGGCUCAGCCAAGCCCACGGGAAUCUGUCAGUUCUGGAGACCAGGCAGGUGCAGCUGGAGUGCGUCGUCCUGAACCGCACCAGCGUGGCCUCGCAGCUGGUGGUGGAGUGGUUUGUGUGGAAGCCCAAUCACCCGGAGCGGGAGACCGUGGCCCGCCUGAGCCGWGAGGCCACCUUCCACUACGGAGAGCAGGCAGCCAAAAACAACCUGCAGGGGCGGCUGCACCUGGAGAGCCCCUCCCCUGGCGUGUACCGACUCUUCAUCCAGAACGUGGCGGUGCAGGACAGCGGGACCUACAGCUGCCGCGUGGAGGAGUGGCUGCCCAGCCCCAGCGGCCUGUGGUACAAGAGGGCCGAGGACACUGCCGGACAGACUGCAGUUACGGUCAUGAGACCAGAUGCCGCCCUGCAGGUGGACACAGUGGUCCCCAACGCCACGGUGUCCGAGAAGGCGGCYUUUCAGCUGGACUGUAGCAUCGUGUCUCGCUCGAGCCAGGACUCCCGCUUUGCUGUGGCCUGGUAUUCCCUGAGGACUAAAGCUGAAGGGAAAAGGGGCAGCCCUGGUCUGGAAGAACUAGAAGAGAAAACAGAGGAGGAGGAGGAAGAGGAGGAGGAAGGGGAAGAGGAGGACGAACCCACAGAACGCACUGUGCUGCUGCGGGUGGGCCCCGAUGCUGUCUUUGGCCCAGAGGGCAGCCCUUGGGAGGGCCGGCUUCGCUUCCAGAGGCUCUCGCCCCUGCUUUACCGGCUCACGGUGCUGCAGGCCAGCCCCCACGACACGGGCAACUACUCCUGUCACGUGGAGGAGUGGCUGCCCAGCCCUCAGAAGGAGUGGUACCGGCUGACGGAGGAGGAGUCCGCCCCCAUUGGCAUUCGCGUGCUGGACACCAGUUCCACCCUCCAGUCGCUCAUCUGCUCCAACGACGCGCUCUUCUACUUCGUCUUCUUCUACCCUUUCCCCAUCUUUGGCAUCCUGGUCAUCACCAUCCUGCUGGUACGCUUCAAAAGCCGGAACUCCAGCAAGAACUCGGAGGGGAAGAACGGGGUGCCUCUGUUGUGGAUCAAAGAGCCACACCUCAACUACUCCCCCACCUGCCUGGAGCCCCCUGUGCUGAGCAUCCACCCAGGAGCCAUAGACUAAGGGGGAUCCGCAGGGGACAUCGGCCACAGAGGGGCUGAGGCCCGCCCUUCCUGCCUCWUGCUCUGUGAUUGGACAGUCGACAGCACCCAAACAUGGGGGUGCCGGUGCAGAAAGCUGUCACCCUUGGAACGUGUUCAGAGCUCCGGGUCAGUCACCGAGCCGGACUGCCCCAGGCGGUGGUCUUGGUUGRUUAGCUAUUUGCACCCAAAUGUCGUGAUCCUGCCAUUAUAGGUUUCUAGUUUUCGGUUUUGGUAAUGUAGUGAGUAGCUCCAGGUGCCACAUCUACUCACCGAUUUAUCUAGUAUUCCCAGAUAGAGUUACUCGGGGAGCGGGGGGUUCUGAUUCUUUGUACUGUACUAUUUUUAAACCACUUUGGUUUAUCCCUUUUGGAUUCCAUAAGGUUGUGGACGAAUUUCUCUUAUAUACAACCCAUGGCAAGAGGAAAGGACCACUUUGUAGUAACAAGGAAUCUCUUCCAAGACUUUUUGUUUUUUUUUUGCACAUUUGAAAAUGCCACCCRUGGAUCAAAAUACAACCCAAACAUUUUUUUACUUUCUUAACGAGACUUGAAAAAUAUGGGUAGCGUGGGCCCAAUUUGUAUCUUAUCUUUUCCCUCAUCUGGAGUUGUUGGAACCACUUUGUAGUCAAGAUGAAAGCAUUGAAUUUUGCUUCAAAGAACUGCAUAUGUGCAAGAGAAAUCCUGCACAACCCCAUUAGGAGUAGAUGGUGCCUGGCCAGCCUAAUCUGUCAGGGAGGCAAAAAGGCUUCAUCCUAUCCUUGCCAAAAAAAAAGAAAAAAAAUAAGAACACUGUSUUGGAGAAUGGAAGUUCCAAACAGCACAUGCUUUCUGAGCUGCAGUGGGGCAGGGCGCUGCUUUUGGCAGCUACUGACUCUCCCCUUGAUCAAAGCCAGUGACUAGAGAGAAGGAAGGAAAAAACAGCUGGCUGUUGGCUUGAUCCAUUCUGCAUGGGCAGCUCCAGCUGAUAAUGGUGACAGGUGGCUUUUGUUUGCAGGUACUUUGCCAAACUUGAGGGAAAGUUGGAAGCAGGACCACCCUGAGGUCAGCCCAGAGGCUGAAGCAGCGGCCAUCUGUACCCCAUGGAGGGCCCUGGGCCAGCAAGCACAGUGAGGGAGGAUGGGAGGGGGCUUCCAGGGCCUGAUGCUGAAGGGCCUUGAGGAAUAUCUGCCUCCCUGGAGGUUUUUCUUGUUCUUCCAAUGAGAUUUUCCUUAGAGAUAUUCAAGUCUUCCUCAUUCACCAUUUCUGUCUCCCCAUGUCACUGCUGGAAGACUGCCAGCCUUGGGG